AUGAUGUCUGUAUUGGACGAGGAGAGUUCGGAGAUUCCCAGCAGCCAGUCUUCCCAGAUGUAUCAAACACAACUGGACUCCAUAUUUAUGCUGCUGGAGGAAAACAUCAUCACUUUUGUGAAGAAUGAAUUGAAGAAGAUCCAGAAGCUUCUGAGGCCAGCUUACCCAGGAUGUUUAGAGAGUCAGAGGGAGGAUGAGGUGAUCAAUUGUGAAGAGCAGAGGAGCAGCAGGGAGGAAUUUGUGCGGAUCACACUGCACUUCCUGAAGACAAUGAAGCAGGAGGAGCUGGCUGAACAUCUACAGAGCAGAACUUCCAUUAGGGACUUCCAUUGGAGUCAAACUAAACUCAAGUCUAACCUAAAGAAGAAGUUCCAGUGUGUGUUUGAGGGCAUUGCUAAAGCAGGAAACCCAACCCUUCUGAAUCAGAUCUACACAGAGCUCUACAUCACCGAGGGAGGGGCUGCAGAGGUCAAUGAUGAACAUGAGGUCAGACAGAUUGAAAUAGCAUUCAAAAAAUCAGACAGUCUAGAAACAACAAUUAGGCAAGAAGACAUCUUUAAAGCCUCUUCUGGAAGAGAUGACCCAAUCAGAACAGUGCUGACAAAGGGAGUGGCUGGCAUUGGGAAAACAGUCCUAACACAGAAAUACACCCUCAACUGGGCUGAAGACAAAGCCAACCAGGACAUCCAGUUCAUGUUUCCAUUCACUUUCAGAGAGCUGAAUGUGCUGAAAGAGGAAAAGUUCAGCUUGGUGGAACUUGUUCAUCACUUCUUUCCUGAAACCAAAGAAGCAGGAAUCUGCAGCUUUGAAGACUUCCAGGUUGUGUUCAUCUUUGAUGGUCUGGAUGAGUGUCGACUUCCUCUGGACUUCCACAAAACUACAAUCCUAACUGACCCUAGAAAGUCCACCUCAGUGGAUGUGCUGCUGACAAACCUCAUCAGGGGGAAACUGCUUCCCUCUGCUCACCUCUGGAUAACCACACGACCUGCAGCAGCCAAUCAAAUCCCUCCUGACUGUGUUGACAUGGUGACAGAGGUCAGAGGGUUCACUGACCCACAGAAGGAGGAGUACUUCAGGAAGAGAUUCAGAGAUAAGAAGCAGGCCAGCAGGAUCAUCUCACACAUCAAGACAUCACAAAGCCUCCACAUCAUGUGCCACAUCCCAGUCUUCUGCUGGAUCACUGCUACAGUUCUGGAGGAUGUGCUGAAAACCAGAGAGGGAGGACAGCUGCCCAAGACCCUGACUGAGAUGUACAUCCACUUCCUGGUGGUUCAGGCCAAAGUGAAGAAGGUCAAGUAUGAUGGAGAUGCUCAGACAGAUCCACAAUGGAGUCCAGAGGGCAGGAAGAUGAUUGAGUCUCUGGGAAAACUGGCUUUUGAUCAGCUGCAGAAAGGAAACCUGAUCUUCUAUGAAUCAGACCUGACAGAGUGUGGCAUCGAUAUCAGAGCAGCCUCAGUGUACUCAGGAGUGUUCACACAGAUCUUUAAAGAGGAGAGAGGGCUGUACCAGGACAAGAUGUUCUGCUUCAUCCAUCUGAGUGUUCAGGAGUUUCUGGCUGCUCUUCAUGUCCAUCUGACCUUCAUCAACUCUGGAGUCAAUCUGCUGGAACAACCACCCUCCCAGAAGUCUGAAACAAGAGAAUCUGCAGAGAAAUCCUUCUACCAGAGUGCUGUGGACAAGGCCUUACAGAGUCCAAAUGGACACCUGGACUUGUUCCUCCGCUUCCUCCUGGGUCUUUCACUGCAAACCAAUCAGACUCUCCUACGAGGCCUGCUGACACAGACAGGAAGUAGCUCACAGACCAAUCAGGAAACAGUCCAGUACAUCAAGGAGAAGCUCAGUGAGAAUCUGUCUGCAGAGAAAAGCAUCAACCUGUUCCACUGUCUCAAUGAACUGAAUGAUCGUUCUCUAGUGGAGGAGAUCCAAGGGUCCCUGAGAUCAGGACGUCUCUCUGCAGAUAAACUGUCUCCUGCUCAGUGGUCAGCUCUGGUCUUCAUCUUACUGUCAUCAGAAGAAGAUCUGGAUGUGUUUGACCUGAAGAAAUACUCUGCUUCGGAGGAGGCUCUGCUGAGGCUGCUGCCAGUGAUCACAGCUUCCAACAAAGCUCUACUGAGUGGCUGUAACCUCUCAGAGAGAAGCUGUGAAGCUCUGUAUUCAGUUCUCAGCUCCCAGUCCUCUAGCCUGAGAGUGCUGGACCUCAGUAAUAAUGACCUUCGGGAUUCAGGAAUGAAGCUUGUCUCUGCAGGACUGGAAAGUUUACAUUGGACCUUGGAAAUUCUCAGUUUGUCAGGCUGCCUGAUCACAGAGGAAGGCUGUACUUCUCUGGUCUCAGGUCUGAGCUCCAACCCCUCCCAUCUGAGAGAGCUGGACCUUAGCUACAAUCAUCCAGGAGACUCAGGAAUGAAGUUGCUGUCGGCAGGACUGACAGAUGCCCUCUGGAGAGUGGACACUCUCAGGGUGGAGCCUGCUGGAGUCCGAUGGUUGACACCAGGUCUGAGGAAGUAUUCCUGUCAACUCACAAUCGACACAAACACAGUACACACAAACCUACAACUGUGUGACAACAACAGGAAGGUGACAUAUGUGGAGGAGGUUCAGUCAUAUCCUGAUCAUCCAGACAGAUUUGAUGUUCUUCCUCAGCUGCUGUGUAGAGAUGGUCUGACUGGUCGCUGUUACUGGGAGGUCGAGUGGAGAGGACAUGUUUAUGUAUCAGUGAGUUACAGAAGAAUCAGCAGGAAAGGAGACAGUCACGACUGUUUGUUUGGAUGCGAUGAUCUGUCCUGGAGACUGUACUGCUCUACUGAUGGUCCUCUUUAUACCUGUCACAAUAACAGUUACACAUCCAUCUCCUCCUCCUCCUCCUCCUCCUCCUCUGUCUCUAACAGAGUAGCAGUGUAUGUGGACUGUCCUGCUGGCACUCUGUCCUUCUACAGAGUGUCCUCUGACACUCUGAUCCACCUCCACACCUUCAACACCACAUUCACUGAACCUCUUUAUCCUGGGUUUUGGUUAGACUAUGAUUCCUCAGUGUGUCUGUGCUGA